GCUCGUCUUAGUGGUACACAGUUUUAAAACUGACCAUGCAUUUCAAAAUGGUAGUUCAAUCAGUGCUCAGAAACCUGCACAACAUACGUGCAUGUACAUGUGAUUGCACGUGCGCGUGCACGCGUCGCUGUUAUGAAUGAAUCGUGCAGUUUUGGAAAAAAGCUGCUCAUUUCUGCGCAGCACACGCCGUUUUUUGUGAAACCUGUAGCUGCGUGGAGAGAUGACUGCAGCAGUGAAGUGUCUCUGAGCACCUGUGACUGUCCUGCUCAGCAGCCCCUCCCCUCGGCUCUCUCAUGGAUGUAAUCUCUGACUUGACAACAGGUAUUUGUAAGGUCCCGGACAAAGUAAGCUGCACAGACCUCAGCGAGCAGUUGGCAGGAGAGUCAGAGCAGAGCUCCUCCAGCGCAGAGUCUCUCGAAUCCUCGACCAAAGCGUCUGCAGACAUGGGUCGUCAAGAGGCUGACCAUGUGUGGAAAAAGGACACUGAAAACAUCCAGGAGGUUUUUGACUUCAUGGAAGAGUUGGGAUCUGGGGCGUUCUCAGAGGUGUAUAUGGUGAAGGAGAAGAAGACGGGGAAGCUGUUUGCCAUGAAGUGCGUGAAGAAGAAACAAAAGAGGGACAUCAAUCUGGAGAAUGAGAUUGCCGUGCUGAGAAAAAUUCAACAUGAGAACGUGGUGGGGAUGGAGGAUUUCUAUGAAAGUCGGAGCCAUUACUAUCUCGUCAUGGAGCUUGUUGCAGGCGGCGAGCUCUUUGAUCGUAUCCUGGACCGUGGGGUGUACUCCGAGAAGGAUGCCAGCCGUGUGAUCCAGCAGGUGCUGCAGGCCGUCAGCUACCUGCACGAAAGCGGCAUUGUGCAUCGUGACCUCAAGCCAGAGAACAUCCUGUACUACAGCCAGGACGAGAACUCCAAGAUCAUGAUUAGUGACUUUGGCCUCUCCAAGAUGGUAGACAACGGCAUCAUGUCGACAGCCUGCGGCACCCCAGGAUACGUAGCUCCUGAAGUUUUGGCGCAGAAGCCGUACAGCAAGGCAGUGGACUGCUGGUCUAUUGGAGUCAUCACCUACAUCUUACUCUGUGGAUAUCCUCCCUUUUAUGAAGAAAGUGAGACAAGACUGUUCUCCAAGAUCAUGAAGGCGCAGUAUGAGUUUGACUCGCCCUUCUGGGAUGACAUUUCUGAAUCUGCUAAAGAUUUCAUCCGUAACAUGAUGCAGAAGAAUCCCAGCAUGCGCUACUCCACUGACCUCGCACUCAGACAUCCAUGGAUUAUCGGGAAGACGGCCCGGAGCCAGGACAUCUACUACUCCGUCAGCGUUCAGAUCCAAAAGAACUUUGCCAAGUCCAAGUGGAAGCAAGCCUACAACGCUGCAGUAGCCAUCAACCACAUGAAAAAGCUGCAGAUGGCCCACUCAGACCUGGUCCUGAGGCAGGCCAGCAUCCCAGACAUCAAGGUGACCGAUGUGUCCUCCCCAAAGAAAAACCACAAACGCCUUGAUCCUGACAAAUUUGACCCCAAGCCGACGGAGAUCAACGGUAAAAUAAACGGGACGGUGCACAUGUCCCUGCCCACGAGCCCCGUUGAACUGAAGAGCCAUUAUCACACACUGAAGGCCACUCACAGUCAAGCCUGCCCGCAUCACGCGCCCACUAUGGCCGAGCAGGGCAAGAACGUCUACCACUCAGAGCCCGCCAACCUCAAUGGGUAUAAAAACCACAGUGGCAAGCCGGUACAGACUGGAGUUUGCUCAGUCAUGUGAAAGCUGCAUGAAGUUUACAUGGAAACAAGCAUUUUACACGGUCAGUGUUGCUGUGCUGACUCAGCAUGCAGCUGUUUUGUGUCAGCAGGUCCCCCGGUACUGAGAAUGAGAAGUGGCUUGAUCCUCUGAUGGACCUAAACGGUCUGCGAGGUCCACACAGUCAGUGGGACAUUUUUAGUUUGGAAAGAGUGCCUAUGAAGCUUCCUAACACACACAUUAACACACACACACACACGCACACACACACACACACACACACAUACACACACACAGAUGCACAAGAAUCACUUUAACUCAGAUACACAGGGUAGACUUCAGUUAAAGGGGGCAGUGCAGACAGUAUUUAACAGACGGGCUCACCUGCAGCUGAAUGUUCAGCUCAUUCAGGGUGAAGCGAGCUUUACAUCAUACUUCCUGUUGUUUGAUCAGGGAGAGUUUAAUUCAUCAGCGCACACUUAGUGUCCAGGUUUAGUAGGAUGGUGGUUACAUGUUAUUAAAGAAAAAACACACAAUGCGAUAAUACAAAUUAUUGUACCUCAUGUGUAAAUAUUAUUCUUUAACCUACCCUCGUAAGUGCAAUAGGAUAUAUGGAAAAACUGCAUGCUUACUGCUUUAAAUAAGCCAUACUGGUAUAAUUUAUUCUGGUGAAGUUGUUUCUUUUUUGUGUUAAUUAUUCUAUUUUUUGUAUUAAGUAUUUUCUUCUUUUUAUAAAAAAACAAACAAACAUAUAAUUAUAAAAAAAAGAGCUGUACAGACAAAAACACAAUAUAUGUUUGAACUGACAAAGCAUUAACAGUGUAAAUGCCACAAGUAUAUCCAUAACUUGCCAACUCAUAGCUCUCACAUGCCAUCAAACUGCUUAUAGAGUAUAAAUCGUCAUUUAUAUUCAGUGUAAUAGAUGCUUCUUCACUAAAUGUCAAUGUUUCAUUCUGCACAGUCUGUCUUUUGUCUCCCAGCUGUAUGUGGCUUUGUGUUGAUGCAUUCAGCAGAUAUUGAUCUAGUCCUUGUAUUACGAUGGGAUCCCUGUAUGCUCGUAACAAUAAAGCCUGUUCAGAAUCUG